AUGAACAGGAAACUAUCAGAGGACUCUUAGAGAGUCGAGAACUUUCUGGUUUCAGUGAAGAGUCUGCAUUAGGACUUGGAAUCGGAGAAAAAGCAAUUCAACAAUUUUAGAUUGUACAUAAAAACCUAACAAAAUAAAUUCUAGGAAGAAAAUAACCAGCAACCCAUGUUCAUCAAGCUUCUUAAUGAGACACAAUAACAUGACUAGGAAUUAGAAAAACUCAGACUCUAAAAGAUGAAUGAUGACAACGUACAUAGGAAAUAACUCAUGCUAUUAAGAGUUAUUGGAUUGUAGAAAAUUGCUGGCUAAUAUAAAUACUUUAGAGAUGUUAUGAAUAAGAAUUAGCUAAGCAAGAAGAAUACUUAGCAAAUUAAUGAUAACAAUAGUAUGCAACUAUACUAAUGA